GCAUCCAAAAAAACAAAUUCCUCCUGUAUGUGGGAGUGGUUGGGUUGCUGUGCAUGGAAAUAGGUGUGAGAGGAAGGCAAAGGGUUUGUGUCAUGGCCGCUUCCCAAGACUGCUGGUUGCCUCCCCUCGCCUCUUGGAUUUUGGAAAGCGUUUCUCCCGUCUUCGUCAAUGCAGAAGGAGCUGCUAUUGCAUGGCAGUUUAGAAGGUGGUUUCACCCAAAUAUUAGCGGCCUUGAGGCAGAAAAACUGCUCUUAACGAAAGGCGUCCAUGGGAGCUUUUUGGCCCGGCCCAGCAAAAGCAACCCGGGGGACUUCACUUUAUCUGUAAGAAGGAACGAUGAGGUGACCCACAUCAAAAUCCAGAACACGGGCGACUACUACGACCUGUAUGGAGGGGAGAAGUUUGCCACCCUGGCCGAGCUGAUCCAGUACUACACGGAGCAGCAGGGGCUGCUGCGCGAGAAGAACAGCAACGUCAUCGAGCUGAAGUUUCCCCUGAACUGCCAGGAUCCCACCUCGGAGAGAUGGUUUCACGGCCACCUGACGGGCAAAGAGGCGGAGAAGCUCCUCACCGAGAAGGGCCGGCCAGGGAGCUUCUUGGUGCGCAGCAGCCAAAGCAAACCCGGUGACUUUGUCUUGUCGGUGCUGACGAACGAGGACAAAGCCGACACCGGGGACCGGAAGCCUCGCGUGACCCACAUCAUGAUCCGCUACCAGCUGGAUGGCAAAUACGACGUCGGGGCCGGCGAGCGAUUCGACACCCUCACGGACUUGGUGGAGCACUACAAGAAGAACCCCAUGGUGGAGAAAUCCGGAGCCGUUGUACACCUGAAGCAGCCUUUCAACGCCACGCGCAUCAUCGCCGCCAACAUCGAGAACCGCGUGAAGGAGCUGAACAAGAUGGCGGACCACAGCGAGAAGGCCAAGCAAGGCUUCUGGGAGGAGUUUGAGAUGCUGCAGCAACAGGAGUGUAAAUUCCUUUAUCCCAGGAAGGAAGGGAAGCGCCUGGAGAACAAAGCAAAGAACCGCUACAAAAAUAUUCUUCCGUUCGACACGACCCGCGUGACUCUCCGGGAUGUGGACAAGAGCGUUCCAGGUGCCGAUUACAUCAAUGCCAAUUAUAUUAAGAAUACGCCUGAGGACGGAAAGAGUGCAGAGCACAGCAAGGUCUACAUCGCGACCCAGGGCUGCCUCCAGACCACCGUGAACGACUUCUGGGCCAUGAUAUACCAGGAGAACACGCAUGUCGUCGUCAUGACGACCAAGGAAGUCGAGCGAGGGAGGAAUAAAUGUUUCCGCUACUGGCCGGACAGAAACGGCACCAAGGAAUACGGCCACGUCAGUGUGACUAACGUCAGCGAGCAAGAAUCUCUCGGUUAUCACCUCCGCGAGCUGGACAUCGUACGGAUAGACAGGGAGGAGCGGCCCAGGCGGAUCAAGCACUUCCAGUACUUCAGCUGGCCGGACCAUGGGGUGCCCAACGAGCCAGGAGGGGUCCUCAGCUUCCUCGACCAAGUCAACAGAGCCCAGAGGAGCAUCCCCGACACGGGGCCGAUUGUCGUGCACUGCAGCGCUGGGAUCGGACGCACGGGUACCAUUAUCGUAAUUGACAUCUUGGUGGACACGAUCCACAGGCAAGGCCUGGACUGCGACAUCGACAUUCCCAAGACCAUCCAGAUGGUGCGGAGGCAGCGGUCCGGGAUGGUGCAGACGGAGGCGCAGUACAAGUUCGUUUACAUGGCUGUGCAGCAGUUCAUCGCCACGCAGCAGAAGGAGAGGGAGGAGGAGCAGAGAAAUCUGAGGAAGGAGAAAGAAUACUUGAAUAUCAGAUACUCCCCCAUGGAGAAACCAAGAGGAAACCCUCGUGCCCCCUCUCCGAGGGUCCAGACGGGGGCUGACGACGAAUCCGCUGCUAUUUAUCAGAACCUCGGGGUCAAGGCCACGAAGGUCUCGGGGAUAAGCAACUCAGGGAGAUAGCGAAUUCUGGAAUCGACAUGUACUGGUGGCUAGAAACAGGACUAGCUGAGGGCUCCCUCCACUCUUUCCUCCACGUUCUGCUGUCACGGCUGCUUCCUCGGUUUGCAAGCCGACCGUGUCCUCGCAUCCUGCAAGCACCUGGAUCCCGCACAGCAAAGCCACCAAAGCCACGCACCGCCCUUUUUGCCAGAGGAGAGAAGCAGCUAGUCCCUAGGAACAAGCCUUGGCCUAACUUAUUCAGGAGAGAGAGGGAGAGAGAGAGAGGUGCACUUCCAAGCCCUGCCGAUGUUUUCAAGAAUUUGCUAAUUUUUUUACCUGCAAGCACCUCCAAAUAGACAGACAGAUGGAUAGAAGAGCACACUAAGUGAAUGAAGGCCCCGUUGGGGAAUGGGCAGGGGAGAUUUUAAAACAGGAUGAAAACAGGAAAACCAACGACGCAUCGUUACAUGGCUGUCGCGUGUGAUGGCACAAGGAGGGCUGCAGUGACGGGUGUUGUCGCAGAAAGCACCGUCCGGUUCUGCCGGCCAGGUCCUUGGCCGUUACGGGGCCCUCCCUCCCCAUAGCCGGCUCGGAAGCAGAGGGUGUUUCUUUGCAAGCUUCUUCCCCAGCCAGAGCUAAGCUGAACUUGCAGGUUUAAGGAAGUGGUCUUAGCACCGUUCCCAGAUCAAGAUUGGGUGCAAACCUCGGCUGCUCCCGCUGGCCCACGUUCCGUCCUCUUCUCACUUCGGGCCACAUGGAAGAGCAAUGCCAGGCGUCUCUCGGAGGCUGGGAAGUGGGAAGCUGACCUUGGAGGAGGGGGAAGGGGGCAUUCUGGGUGCAAGGAGGGGCGAAGAGUGAGCCACCAAGGUAGGUAUUUUGAAAAAGGACGCUCGCCCCGUCAUCGAAGUGCCCCAGCUAGAAAGUCCCACGUGGUGGUCUAGCUAAAAUGCAGAGUGCGGGGUGGACAGGGGUGGCGUGCUCUGCACCGGAUGCUCAGACGCCUCUGAGUUUGGGGGCUUGCAAACUCUGGGGGAUAAGGCAGAGGACUGUGUCCUUGGAGAAUGUAUCCAAACAUUGCACAUCUUUGUGCUUGGUGGGAAUCCUCUCAGUCAGAAGGGAGAUUUUCGAUUUCCGUUUAAGAGAGUCUCCCAAAGGCAAAGCGAGGCAGGCCCAAAAUUCAGAAAAUAACCAGCACCUUAAAGCUCAAACUGCCAGGACUGGGUGCGUAAAAGAGGCAUGUUCUGGAAUGGGAGGAAAGCACCAGAAAUCGGACAUGGCCACAUGAAUGAUGGUUGGGGAAAGAGACUGGGAUGGAGACUGGGAGGCCAUCUGGGGGAACUUUGGGGGGCUGGAUUAGAACCCCAAAAGGCCUUGCUUGGGCCUGUGGCCUGGGGUUCCCCAAGUAUUAAAUUAUGGCACAUUUCUAGUUUAGCUAUUGAUAUUCUGGCAUUGUAUCCAGCUGUGUUUGCAAUGCGUUUUAUCCAUCAUGGAGGCCGAGAGAACUCCAUGUACCCCAUUAUUUAUUGUUAACUUCCCCUCCGCCCUUGGAGAAUAUUAAGAGAGCCUCUUUAUCACUUCUUUUGAACUUUAGAAGCCUGCCUUUUACAUAUUCUCCAUUUCAAGGGUUUAUCGCACAGCACACAAUUUCCGAUCCGUAGCUUCAGCGGUGGAAGCGAAACACUUUUCUUUCGGUGCAAAGUGCCUCUCGGUGCCUUAGCGGCCUUCCUCGUUUUUGUAACUUUUUUAAAAAAUAAAACACACAGGAGUCUUCUGAACACAGAACUUCCAAAUUAAGCCUCAAACUUUAUAGGGGCUUCCAACCAGGAGUGUGAAGAGAUGCUUAGUGUGUACAAAUGCCAUGGCAUUUACGUACGACAGAGAAUGCUGGCCCGUGUUUUCAGAAAGGUUAAGAGCUGGUUUUAGCUAUUCACCUUGAUGAGCAAUUCGGAGCAUCAUUGCCUCAGUGGUUUUUUUUACUAUUUGUUUUGGGGGGUUAUUUGGGUGCAUUUCAAGCUCAAACUGGAAGAAUUGGUCCCUGGGACCUGCAGGCUAGAGGUCAGCUGGCUGGAGCCUAAAUACCGAAGCGUCUUAAACAGCGCUGCAAUUUAUCAAAA